CAUUUUCAGAUAGCUACACUGAGCUUUUUCCUUCGGUUCCAUGUUCUGUUCCGUGUUCACUGUGGUGUCUCGUCUCCCUGUAUGCGUGUACGCAUGCGUUUGUCCAUGUGUUUGUCUCUGCAUAGCUUUGUGUGCGUGUUCGCGUGUUCCUGUCCGUAUACAUCUUCGCGAGUCCCCGCGUCCGUGUCCGUGCCGCGUCUCCGAGUCACGCAAGGAGCUGCAGUCCGCCUGCAGUCGUUCCUCCCCGCGCCUUCUGUGCAUGGGCCGCACCAAUACAGUUUCACUGUCCCGUUCUCUCCGUUGGGCGGGACGUGCCUUUCUGCAACUUCAGAAGGACUCUCUCGCAUCGCACCGCGCGGGGCUGCCACCUCACCACCCUUCUAGACGCUCACGGAGCACACGGCCCUGCCGCGCACCCUCGCGGCCCCACCGUGCCACGCAGAGCCACCGUGCAAGACCGGCGUUUUUUCGCCUCCCCGCGCCCUUUCCCGAAGGGAAGAGAGACGCUGCAUCUGCAUGCUCCCAUCUGCUGGCAGGCAGUCCCCACGGGACCCUAGACUAGCAGAGGCCGAGCGCGGGGCCGGGACAGUGGCCGGCCUUAGGGGGACUAUCUGCGAGAGGCCAGAGGGGGAUGCCGAAGGAGAGACACGGCUCGCUGGGCGGUGCCGGGGCUAGUGCCGGGGCUGGUGCCGGGAGUGGCCCCGCCGCUGCCUCUCUGGCGGACAGACGGCUCUGCCCGCGAGGAGGGCUCCGCGGAGCCCCUGUGCUGGCACCCGGAGCGAGCAGCAGCAGCCCAAACCCAUCGAUGUCAGACGCAAAGGCAGCAGUUCCGCGAUCCUCUGAUGCAGCAGGACCAGCAGAAUGUUAUACAGCAAAUGGGGCUGACUAUCGUGGCACUCAGAACCAGACCUCCCAAUACGCAGGGAAACCUUGUCUUUUUUGGAAUGAGACCUUUGAGCAUCCAUAUAAUACUUUGAAAUAUCCCAAUGGGGAGGGAGGGCUUGGAGAGCAUAACUACUGCAGGAACCCUGAUGGAGAUGUCAGCCCAUGGUGCUACAUUGCGGAGCAUGAGGAUGGAAUAUAUUGGAAAUACUGUGAGAUUCCAUCCUGCCGAAUGCCAGGAAAUCUAGGGUGUUACAAAGACCAUGGAGAGCCACCACCUUUGACUGGCACCAGCGAGACCUCCAAUAAACUUACUAUCCAAACAUGCAUCAGUUCCUGCCGAAGUCAACAAUUUAAGUUUGCAGGCAUGGAAUCAGGUUAUGCCUGUUUCUGUGGAAAUAAUCCUGACUACUGGAGAUACGGGGAGGCAGCCAGUACGGAAUGCAACAGUGUUUGCUUUGGAGACCAUACUCAGCCUUGUGGUGGGGAUGGCAGAGUCAUUCUUUUUGACACCCUUAUUGGUGCCUGUGGAGGGAAUUACACUUCUGCUACAGCUGUGAUCUAUUCUCCAGAUUUUCCUGACACAUAUGGCACAGGCAGAGGAUGUUACUGGACCAUACAAGUCCCAGGAGCAUCUCAAAUCCACUUCAGCUUUGUCCUUUUUGAAAUCAAAGAUGCUACAGAUAUGGUGGAAUUACUGGAUGGCUAUACCUAUAAUGUUCUAGCUCGUUUUAAUGGCAAGAACCGUCCUCCCCACACAUUCAACAUCUCUUUGGAUUUUGUUAUUUUAUAUUUUUUCUCAGAUGAAAUCAAUCAAGCCCAAGGAUUUGCUAUCAGGUAUAGAGCUGUGAAGGACAGUGUGCAUCAAAACAAGAUUACAAUGAAUCAGACCCUUUCAGAGAAGAUACAUGAACAUACAAAUCUCAGUAUCAAUGCAGCUCGGUCAUCAAAGAUACUUUAUGUCAUCACAACCAGCCCAAGUCAUCCUAGUAGCUCCAUGCCUGACUGGACAAUAUAUAGUCUCAUGGCGCUGCUUAUCCUAAGUGUUACAGCCAUAUUGGCAAAGAUAUUUCUCCACAUUACCAUGAAAUCCCAUCAAAUACCAUCUGCAAAUGAAAUGGAGGAUUCCAGUGAGGUUACUGCUGCUGGUGAGAUCUGGAGUAUAUUUUACCAGCCAUCCACAUCAAUAUCCAUCUUCAAGAAGAAGCUUCGAAGUCAACAAGAUGAUUGCAAUCCACUAGUAGGAAACUGAAGUGUCUUUUAUUUUACAGGAACCAAUCUUCUUAAAAUCCAGGUGAUUUAGGAAUAAUCCUUUUUAUUUUUUUCUUCCCAAACUCAUACUUGUCUUCCAAGAAGUCCAUUUCCAAAGGCCUUUGAAAGACUUUGCUUGAUCUGCUGUUUUCUUGUGUAUACUAGUGAUGAUGGAUUUAACUGAUGCAAUAAUUUUGAAAUAUUUGGUGCUCAUCAAACCUGCAGUACUGUUAACUGCUGUCUUUAAACCAGUGCACUUAAAAUACAAGUGAAAACCUGUAAAAUUCAAAAUAUCUCUCACAACCCUGCCAAAAGUAAUUGAAUGAGUAUCUGCAGGUUGAGGACUUUUUGUCUUCCUGUGUCACUGUAUUAUAUCAGGCCAUUUUAGGCUAUUUUAGCCUCUUUAUUCUCAAGGAUGAAGACAGAGGUAGAUACCGAUAACCUGUUCAGCUGCCACAGAAGCCAGAGCUUAUUUGGCUUUAAUGUAAACAUCUCUAAAUGGCGCUAUACAGUAAAUGGGGAGUAAAAGCCUGGUUGCCAGUGCUCUAUUUCUAGAUUUUUCUGUUUCUACAAGCAGAGAUAUACAAACAAAAAUCAAAUCAAAUUCAGGAGGCACACUCUCAGUGGAGCUUCAGCUGCAAAUGUGUCAUUGGACUAAUUCUCACUGGGUCAAGGUGUGCAUGACACUUAUAAACACAUAUGUGUGAGCAGUCAGAUUCACCACUGGUUAUGACAAUUUUGCUCAUAGAGUGUUCCUUUCAAAAACUAUCAUGUGCCAGUGUGAAGUCCUGCAUUAACUUUGGAUGUGAGGUUAGGACUUCUUAAAGGAUUGUUCAAGGAAAUUACACAUCAACUAAAUUUUUAGAUAGUGAGGCUAACACCAGUUCUCACUCCAAGGUUAAAGGUAUUAAUCCCAGCAGCCUUGAAUAUUUACAGAAUUGUAUUCUUCUGUCAGCACCUAUGCCAGGCUGUGCAUCGGAAAACAUACACAACAGUUGCCUUGAUAACCUAACUGUGCAAAGAAAGUGUUUCCCUGCCUGCAAAAUUAAAACGGCACUGCAUUUUUAAGACUAAAUAUAGAAGAACUAAAAGAUCAGUGGGGAUCUGAUCUGUGAGAUAAUUUCUAAUUGGUUGUAACAGACAGCAUUAACUAUUUUUUCUCUUUAGUAGAAUACCUGUCUACCUAAAUUGCUCAGACUUCUCAUCCCACCACUGGGGAUCAACAGUGAGUCUUUCAGCUCCAAGUCCAGCUCAGCAAGAUACUUAGGAAAAACUGACAACACAGGCCAGAUAGGUAGACUGGAAAAGUUUGCAUUAGUGAGCAGUUCCUUAAACUAUUUUAGAGAGACAUUAAAGUACAGUAGUUCCAGUUAGAACAAAAGGACUAAAUAUAAGUUUAAGCAUACCAAUACUCUAUAUACCAGACCUGUGAUCUGAGAACUGCUCAAUGCAUCUGCAAAAGAUAAUGAAGAAAAGAUAAUUGACACGGAAUUUGCAUUCAUUAUACUAUUUGCCAUUCUGUUUUUAAAAUCUAAAGCCCCUCUAUUCAUGGGGUCUAUAGUUUUACUUCAAAAAAUAGGGCAUCUUUUAGAUGGAACAGUGAAAUAUUGUGCCUUACUUGCCAUUUCUACAUCUAGUCUUUUACCUGAACUGAAUUAAUUUACUCAGUGCAACAUUUAGAGAAUCUAGAAACUGAGAUUUUUUGUAUCAGUUCCUCAGCUAGUUUUUACAUAAUUAAAUAUUUCAUGUGCCUUUCUUAGGGAAUGUUUAUCUUAUUUCCAUACACAAGAGUCAGAAAAAUAGCAGUUAUAGCAGAUCAACUGGUCAUGACAACAAUAAAAAAGACUAAGCUUUUGGUAUUGCACAGUACAUUGGAAAAUGCACUGACAAAAGUGUCAAGGAAAUUAUGUUCCCCGAAGUCUUUCAGAUUGCCCAGUUCUAGAUACCUCUACUACUAGGAAACAGUAAUAGAUAGAAAUACACCAAGAGGGUCCUUGUAGCACUUGUUACUGUUGUGCCUGAAACCAUAAAAAACAGGCAGAUCUCUGAAGUGUAUUUUUUUUCUAAAGUUGGUAUAGUCACUUGUAAUCGUAGCACAGACACUUCAGUGGUAUUGUGAUAUAUGGCCAACAUAUGCCAUACACAUUAAUACAGCACUUUAUGAUGUUUGCUAUAAGGCUUUGGUAGAGGUAGAAGAAAAGACUGACACGCACAACUGCUGUAAUCCCACAUGAUUCAGCACACAGCGAUGCAUGCCCCUAUGACAUUAGCAGCUGAGCACUGACAGCUGGAUGAUGCACACAGCUCUGAAUGUCAUCACGUUCGUGUUCACAGCACUUACUUCAACAAAUUGAAAAUAGCUGCAGAAUGGGAAUUUCUCUGGAAUUUUAUCUGAAUGGCCUUCCAGACUCCAAACUAGUUCUCUCAACAGGACAGACGGGCUGCAAAUGUAUUGGCCACAACUUCAAAGGCAACUGUUUUGACAACAAUACCAUCAUGAGGAGUUGCUUCUCACACAUUCCAGCCCCUGCCCCCUUCCACACUUUGUUGUGCGUGGUAUGCCUGGCUAUGUAGUAGUACAAUAAACUGAUCAGGUUAAAAAUUACCAUUGUUUCUUCACUCAGUUAGACUAGAGUAGUUCAUUUGGAAGGGACCUUCAGAGAUCAUCUAGUCCAACUUCCUAACCACUUCAAGGCUAACCAAAAGUGAAGGCAUAUUAUUGAGGGCAUUGUGCUUCCUGAACACUGACAGGUAUGGGGCAUCAACCACCUCACCAGGAAGCCUGUUCCAGUGUUUGACCACCUUCAUGGUAAAUAUUUUUUUCCUAAUGUCUAGUCUCAGCCUCCUCUGGCACAGCUGUGUGCUAUUCCCUCAUGUCCUGUCAUCGGUCACCAGGGAGCAAAGAGCGACACCUCCCUCUCCAUUCCCCUGCUCAGGAAUUUGUAGCGCAACGAGGUGAUCUCUCAGCCUUCUUUUCUCCAGACUAGACAACCAGGCAUCUUCAGCCUCUUCUCAGCCCUUUUACCAGCUUUGAUGUCCUCCUCUGGAUGCUUUUAAGGACCUUAACAUCCUGUUUAUAUUGUGGAGACCUGAACUGUACACUGUAUUCAAGCUGAGGCUGCACCAAGGCUAAUCAUAGUGGGAGAAUCAUCAGAAGUGGCUGGCUAUGCUGUGUUUAAUGCACCCCAAAGUGUGGUUUGCCCUCUUGGCUGCCAGGGCACACUAAUGAUUCAUGUCGAGCCUGUUGUUGACCAGUACCCCAGAUCCUUUCCUGCAGAGCUGCUCUCCAGCCAUUUGUCUCCCAGCUGUUACUUUUAGCAGUGAGAAAUUCUCUUAGCUUGCUUAUUGGGUGGUUUCACAGAAGUGUGAGCUAUCUUAGCUAUGUGGAGAAUAAGCCAUAGGAAAAAGAGAGGAGUGCACCAAAGCAGGGGCAGUGAGUACUUAUGGAUGGCACUGCCACUGUAGCAUUUUGUGAAACUGCCUCUUUAUGCAGCAUGUCAUUUACAGUAGUCUAUAGAAUAUGUGGACUUUGGAUGGUAACCAGCUGGAAAGGUGGCCUUCCUAAUUCAAAAUCUACUUUAAAAAAAAUGGGUUUGUUUGUUGACUAAAUGAUUUUAUAUGUACUUUUGUCUUAAUAUUGUUAUGUUGGAGGGAAAAUAGAGACUGUAAUUUAAAAAUGUGUGAUCUGUUAUCAUAGUAAUAUAUAUAUUUAUAUAUGUAUAGGAAAUGUAUUAUUUAAUACAGCAUAUUAUGCUUGUAUCUUGCUAACAUUUCAUAGGAAGAAAAGAUGUUAGUUUACAUUUCGAGAAAAAAUAAAUAUUCUGUAUAUUGUAACCA